AUGUUUCGGUGUAUUUUUUUUUUUGGAAUACGACAAUCUAUUUCAUCGUUUCGCGUUGCAGAACUGCCGAGUGGGUGGAAUGACCCAGAAACAGUUAUGCGUGUGCGUGCAGGUGCGUGUUUGUCUGUCUUUUUCGAGGUAUGUGACAUGUUCUUGACGCACACGGUCGUGGAGAAGCGCUCAGGUUUUUUUUUCUUUGAGUUUUGUGCUUUGUAUUUUCCUUCUCAUCCCCACAACUCUUUGCUUCCUCCCGAGGAGGUGAGCUCAGCGGAACUAAGAGGGAAAACAAAAAGGAAUAUAACGGUGCCGAAGAUAACAAUGCGCGAGCGGCCACGGUUGACUGUUCGACGAGGCCGCGGAGAGACACCGUAUCUGCAGGGGCUGUUGUCGAGGGUGAGUGAGCCACGGAUGGUGUCACCGCACAACAACUUGCAUGCCACCACUACAAGCGCCAAUACCCGCUCUCGAUCACCAAAUCGUCAGCCGGUGAACACGAUACAGUCAUACUGGGCACGCAUCGCUGAACUCGCACAGGAGACAUUCAGAGGCCUCUUGCACCCUUUGAAUGGUGUACCAACAACCCCAAACACGGGUACCACCAAUGAGGUCAGGGGGACGCAGUCUCUUCUUCCUCCAGCCUCACCCUCAGUUUACGAGCGGCCUGCAAACACCACUUCCUUGGCACCAGAAGCAUCACGUCAGGGCUGCCAAUUAGUUGACACAAAUUUCACUGUACCACAGCGAUCCGGUAUUGUCCAUGAGACUACCUUUCCUGAUGCACCACGCGUGCCACUUCCAUCACAGUCCAUGACACCAUCAGUGGAAUCCAAACCGCAGAUUAUCUAUAACUUUUAUUAUAUGAACAGUGGUGUCCCAACGUCUUUGCCAGUCGCACCAUUCCAGAUGCUGCAACCAGAAUUUACCGCGCAGUCGUCGCCCGCACUGAACCGAACAAGCAUUUUGGCUUCUCGCCCACUCUCAUUGAAGCGUGAGCGUGAAAGGCAAGAAAACGCGAAUUCGCUUGGACACAUGACGCAUACAGAGAGGCUUGCCGCCUCAUCUGUCCAUCCAAUCAUUAAUGAAAGCAGUAAUACUUUUCCUGCUUCAAAUAUCAGUUGCAGGACUUCUCUGAAUACGAGUUACUCUGGUGAGAUGGCGGCAAAAAGGAUGGCUACAGAAAAUUAUGUUACACAGCAAAUGGGUGACAAAAAAUACAGUGAUUUAAGAGCUAAAAACACAACUGAGGCAAGAUCCACUGGGCUACGUCAACCUCCUACACAAAACAGCACAUCGCCUUCUACGACCUUCGUGAGGAGCGGCCCGCCAGCAGUGAUUCCUGAGGAUGACGGUUUUGCUCCUAAUGCUGAAAGUGAAGAUGAAGAUACCAAAAAGCCGAUGCCUACUGCACCGACUUCCUCCAAGCCGUUCUCGCUUGGCACUGCAUCCUCGUUGACCAAACCGGCUUUCGGCGCCGGUGCUGUUGCUGUGCCUGCGGCCCCGUUGAAUCCUUUCAGCUUUGGCAGUGGCAGCGGCGGCGGUGGUGCAGCUCCUGCCGACAAACCUGCAGCCCCGUCGAAUCCUUUCAGCUUUGGCAGCGGCAGCGGCAGCGGCAGCGGCAGCGGCGGUGCAGCUCCUGCCGACAAACCUGCAGCCCCGUCGAAUCCUUUCAGCUUUGGCAGCGGCAGCGGCAGCGGCGGU